AUGGAUAAAAGGACGGAACGUGAGAGUCGGAUGAUUAGCCAGAUGGAGCGGAAGCUUGCAACCUAUCAGCCUGUUGACGAGGAACAGAAGCAACACGCGCUCGCUGAACAUUUGCGAUCCAUUGCUCCAUUCAAUAAACGUUGGCAGAAAAAUUUCAUUUUCCAGGUGACGGAAACAAUUAAUGAGGGCACAUAUGGUGUAGUAUUUGCCGUGCGCGACGUGGAAACCGGUGUGCAUGGUGUUAUUAAGGUGGCCAAAGCAAUAGGCAGCGAUGCGGGAAAUCAAACUGCUGAGUGGGAAGGCUUCGUGCUGGAAAAAAUGUACAAAAAGAAUCCGCAAGCGAGCAUUGUUCGUCUGCUGGACAGAGGUAUGCUAGCUGACCAAAACGGUGAGGCAAUGCAAUUCAUGGUGCUUGAGAAAGCCCAAUAUCCAAUCAUGGAUUGGCUCAGUAAUGUAAAUCAUUUCGCUUCAUCUCUUUUAAAAUUCGAAAUUUUUUAUGCAUUUUUUUGA